AUGAGCCUCCCGGAAGCCGGAGCCCCCCCACCACUAUCCGACUACCAUGGCCGUACUGGUCCCCCGUACUAUGGCGGCGUGGGGCCGUCUUCCGAGCACAGUCCGUACCAUCAAUGGACGCACGUCGUCCAUCAGCACCAUCGACACGGCACAGCUGUGGGGCCUGGGCAACAGUCCAACUAUCCCCCUUACUACGACCCUGGAGGGCAUGUGCAGGAGCCCAGGCGGUUCGCGGAGGCAGGUUGGCCUUCAAAACAGGUCUCAAGGAAGCUAACGAACCAGGAAGACGUAACAAUCGCAAGAAGAGGCCUCCUCUUCCUGCGGUGCGAAUUUCCUGCUGAUUUCGCGAACCCCCACCGCCCCCAAUACUGUCUCCUUCGCGUUUGUUUGAUGGCACCGCUCGUGGCUCCAGUCGCAGUCGAAAGCGCGUAUCGCAAGUACGACCGAGCGCUGCUGCCACAGCUCAACGGCAUGCGGUAG